GCGUCUUUGACCUGCCUAUGUUAGAUUGAUUGCAACGGUCUGCUUUAGCCAUUGCUAUCUUGUUUCCGUAUACAGCCUUCCCUAUCUGCUUUACUAUAGAGGCUUGUAUUAACUGACUAUCCGAUAGAGAUUUGCUUACGCCUAGCCAUCCUUUGUAUUGUAUUGACGGGUAAGUCUGCGCCUUUAUGUUAACAGUAGCUACAAGCCACUAUAUUUAUGCACUAUAUUAUGCAAUGCACUAUUUAAUACUGAAGUGUUAUCUUCCUUUACAGACUCACUUAAAAUUAUAAGCCAUGAAUAAAAUGGUUAAGGAUAAGAAUAAGCCUAAAGGUCCUAUGUCAGCGUAUGCUUGCUUUGUUCAAGUCAUCCGAGAAGAACACAAAAAGAAGCAUCCUGGUGAACAGAUUGUAUUUCGUGAUUUUUCAAAGAAAUGUGCAGAACGCUGGAAUCUUAUGACACCAAAAGAGAAAAAACGCUUUGAAGAUUUAGCUGCUAUGGAUAGAGAAAGAUUUAAUCGAGAAAUGAAUGAUUAUAUCCCACCAGAUGGUAUGAAAAAAGGCAAGAAGAGGAAAGGUCCAAAAGAUCCAUCAGUUCCUACACGAGCUUGGUCUGCUUUCUUUUUCUUCUGUGAUGAAUUCCGUUCAAAAGUCAGAGAGAGUAAUCCUGAUUGGAAGGUUGCUGAUGUCGCUAAAGAACUUGGUCGUCAAUGGGAAAGUUGUCAAGAUAAAGCUAAAUAUGAACUUCUAGCACAGAAAGAUAAACAACGUUACGAAGAGGAUAUGAUAAAAUAUCGAGCAGGGACAUAUGUACCAAAAAAGAGGGUUGCAGGAUCAGUUUCAAACUCCACGUCAGUUGGUGCUUCGGAAUCUCAGAAUCCAGAUUGUAGUACAGUGACAAGUGGGGGUGGUGGUGGUGGUGCCGGUGAUGAGAAUGGUGCAGAACUUGAAGAUGAAGAGGACGGAGAGGCUGAUGAAGGAGAAGAAGAGUGA